ACAGAGAUACCCAGACUCAAAAAGCACGCCGUCUAGAGCACCUCUCAAACUCCCAACCAAUCACUUCCGCCACGUUGUUUCGGGUCAUCGCCAAGUGGUUGUACAAGCGGCAGGGUAACGCAUCUGUAACUGAAAAGAGCAUCAGGGGUACAGCCUUACGGGCCAGCACAAGCGAUUUCAGUAUUUCAGUCAGUCUCUAGAUAGGUAAGUUGUGACCCGUCUCAUCUUCUUAUAGAUGCGAUAAUAACUUUCGGAUAAGAACCGCGAUCCUGUCAUUUAAAUUUUUCUGCUCAUACUCUGGUUCUCCUAUCAUGAAGUUACAUUACGGUAAUUUAGAACCGACUGUGUUCAAAUUAUUCACUGGAAAUGAGUAUGAUGUUUGUUUGUCCUUGUGCUUCUCUUAGAAGAUUAGAUAUAAGAAUUUGGAGAUGUAUUUUCGUAGGAGGUUAAUAUAAUUUAUUAUCUUUCCCCUCUUCUCCCAAUUUGUUUCCCUUUCUUUUUGUUUUUCUCCUUUCUAUGGAAAUAAGUUAGGUCGUCGCUCUUUUGUUCCUUCAUCCACUUUUCUCUUCAUUUCACUUUUACUUGGAUCGGGUUAGAUACCUGAUCGUAUAUUCUUUCAAUUCAAUUCAAAUACACUACACACUCUUUCAACGUAUGAUACACUCCCUUAACCUCAAACCGAUAAACCAGCGCGCGAAUUCAGAGCCGUUACUCCAUUUCUUAACUUCAGCACGCACUCAACCAUAAAACGAUCACGAUGUUGUUCAAAUCAACCAAAGCACUCAAUCUCGCAUUGCUAGGAUCUCUCAUUUCACCAGCAAGCACCACAUUCGUUAUCCAAUGCUACAGUCGUCUCCUUGACGAGCGUGUCGAUCCGGUAGUCAGUCCUGGAAUCCUCCCGGCAUCUCAUGUCCAUGCUAUCGCUGGCGGAAGUGGAUUCAGCGCCAAUAUGACAUAUGCCGAUGCUCGUGCUGCUAAAUGUGGUACAUGCAAUGUGAAGGAAGAUUUGUCAAAUUAUUGGACUCCGAAGCUUUAUUACAAGGCACAGAAUGGUAGUUUCAUCUCUGUGCCUAUUAAUGGAGAUGAUGGGUAUGGAAAUCUUGGUGGGAUGGCUAUUUAUUAUCUGUGAGUUGGGCUCUUUGAAAUUUGGAAAAACUUCUAGAUGGUUUUUACUAACACUUUCUCAAGUCAACGUCCAGGUCCAGAUAAUGAUCCGCUCGUUCCGUUUCCUGAGAAUUUUCGCAUGAUUGCCGGAGACACAAAUCGACGAAGUUACAACGACUCUUCUUUUGCAGACCGAGCUGUUAGUUUCAGAUGUACUGGAACAGAUCUUCAAACAAAUGGAUUUCCAAAUAUCAACUGUCCAGAUGGUCUCCGGCUUCAAGUUACAAUGCCUUCUUGUUGGGAUGGGGUCAACGUAACUGCCGCGGAUUACAAAUCGCAUAUGUCGUAUCCCAUGGAUGGUGAUUAUGACGGUGGUCGUUGUCCAGCUUCACAUCCUCAUCAUAUGAUGACUUUAUUCUUUGAAGUUACAUAUCGCACUGAUCUUUUCGCGAAUGAUUGGUAUGGCGAUUCUCAGCCGUUUGUUCUUGCUAAUGGUGAUACUACCGGUUACGGAUUUCAUGGCGAUUUUGUAAGCUAUCCACCACUCCACCUUCAAUGAUAUCUCGUCAAGCUAACAUAGCCCAAGGUCAACGGCUGGGAUAUCCCAACACUUACUAAAGGAAUCAAUAACUGCCUCGAUGGACAGCCAAAUUGCCCCAGCGAGACAUUUACCUUUUACGAACAAUCCGAUACCCAAGAAUGCAAACUUGCGCCUCUGAUCAACGAGCCGGUAAGCGGUAUCCUUCACGCGCUUCCUGGCUGUAAUGCACCUUCUUCAGGACCAGCAGAGUAUAUACCACCUGCCUGUCCCCAAGAUGCAGCUUUAAAAAAGUCACUUCAGACUCCUCCACUCCGCUUUAACCCUGCUGCCUCCAUCGCUGCUACGCUGCCAGUCGGCAUUAUCGAUCUAAGUACUUCCAAAGGCUGGAAAUAUCUCGGAUGUGGAAUCGAUGAUGCAGGAAACCGAACAUUGAAUGCUGAUUGGGAGGGCAACAAUUCCAUGACCAUUGAAACUUGUGUGGAUUUCUGUACAUCCAAGGGACAUACAUAUGCAGGCAUGGAAUUUGGAAGUCAAUGUUAUUGCGAUAACAGCCUAUCUGCAGAUCGGGCACCCGUUACUGGAAUGCUAGGUGACUGUAUUAUGCCUUGCGCCGGGAACAGUUCGGAAAAAUGCGGCGGUAAUGCUGCCAUUACACUUUACCAGAAGUGUGGUGCACAUGGAUGUGCUCCCUCUAGUGCAUCAACCACUGCUUCUACUCAUUUACAGAGUAAGAGAAGUAGAGUUAUGAGGGGUCUGAACAUUUGAAUUCAAGAGAAAGUCAUAACCAUCUUGACAUUAUGUUUGGGAGCCGAUGCGCGCAUGGCGCAGGGAUGGAAAAGAAAUGGCUUACAUUUCGUGUAAAUAUAUAUCGCACCGUCUCACAACUUUUUGAUGGCCUUGAACAUGUACUUACGAUUAUGAGAGAAAGCAUGAACAUACAAUAUAGUAUACACCCCUCAUGGUACCUGUGACACACGGCACAUUCUGUGACUCGAUAAUGUUUCUUGACAAUAUUUCUCUCGCAAAUAGAGCCGAAUAGAACAAACCUCGACUCUCGGCACACAUGCCUUGUAAGGAAAAAAGCCGAAUUAUCCUGCGCGAGGGAAUUUCAUGCGCGCAAGACUGCGGAGUCCGGAGAUGGAGACAGCUGAACAACUGAGUGAUAUAUGAUCAGUGCUCUCAGUGACAUCGGCAUUCGGGACGUCCUAAUUUGUAAGGUCUUAGCAUUUAAGCGUUUGUGGAUAUCGCCAUCAUCA